CGGGUUCUUCGCACUUUGCGCUCGCAGACGGCGUCCGACAUGGCUGCGGUGUGGAGAGCUCGUAAUUUUGCUCGCUGUGUCGUUCGCUUUUCCGACCGAGAACUCUACUAAGAGACGGUUCUCCGCGGGAAGCAGAGAAAGACGCGCCCUUACGUCAGAAUGGCAGAACAGGAUGUAAAUCCUGCAGAAACACUGGAAGAGGAAGACUGUGAAAGUACUGACGAUCCUGACCUUAACGUGGAACUCAGUGUGUUCCGAGCUCAGUGGAUGUCUGAAUUGAAUCCUUCUUCUGGCUCCAGUGUUGCUAAAAAGGAGUUCCUGUCUAGAUCUGCAGACCUGAAAAAGAGACAGGAGCUGGCCCGGGAGGAGAAGGCCAGAGAACUGUUCCUUCAGGCAGUGGAGCAAGAGCAGAAUGGAGCUGUUUAUGAAGCCAUCAAGUACUAUCGAAGAGCCAUGCAGAUCGUACCUGACAUUGAAUUUAAAAUCAACUACUCCCGGCCUCCAGACUCCGAUGGAAUAGGAAAGAACUACUUGGAAGAGACCAGCAGCAUCGGAGAGAUUGAUGAUCUGCCAUCCUAUUUCCUGCAGCAGCUUCACCUACAGGAUAUCUCUUUUAAAAUUUGCCAACCAGAAGGGGACAUUACACAAACUCACAUUUCAGCCCAACAGCUUGCUAAAUGUCAUGUUAUGGGAAUGCUUUUGUUGACAGCUCUGCCCAUGGAACUUUUGAUGUACGUUUUCCGCUGGGUUGUGUCCAGUGAUUUGGAUCUCAGGUCACUUGAACAACUGUCUCUGGUUUGUCGUGGGUUUUACAUUUGUGCCAGGGAUCCAGAAAUCUGGCGUUUAGCCUGUGUGAGGACCUGGGGUCGCAGUUGCACCAAAAUGAUUCCUUACGGCUCCUGGAGGGAGAUGUUUCUAGAAAGGCCCCAUGUUCGCUUUGAUGGUGUCUACAUCAGCAAGACCACUUACAUUCGCCAAGGAGAAGAAUCCCUGGAUGGGUUCUACAGAGCCUGGCACCAGGUGGAAUACUACAGGUACCUGAGGUUCUUCCCGGAUGGUCAAGUGAUGAUGCUCACCACCCCUGAGGAGCCGCUCACCAUCGUCGCUCGUCUUCAUAGCAAGAAUGUCAGAAUGGAGUCUGUCUUGUUUGGACAUUAUCGCCUUUCCCAGGAGACCGACAAUCAAACCAAAGUUUUUGCUGUUGUUUCCAAAAGAAAAGAGGAGAAGGCUCCGGAGUUUCAGAGGCAUCGAUAUUUUCGUCGAAGUCCAGUUCAGGAAACUGACCACAGUUUUCACGUUGGCCUCCAGCUGACUUCAGCCGGUUGGCAGAAAUUCAAUAAACUGACGUGGAUCCAUCACUCGUGCCACAUCACCUACAGAUCCACUGGCGAGACGGCCAUCACGACAUUCGACAUUAACAAGACGUAUCGGCCUCUGUUCUUUGCCCGUGUUAAGAGCUACAUGGCGUACUCGGAGAAGCCCCUCUGAAGACCCUGGAAAGCCGCAUGCAUGCAGCCAAAACGUAGCAGCAGCACUCGAUGUGAUUGUUCUUUCUACUCUUUGUUGUUUUACGCUGGAUUUUAAUUUAAACGAAUGUAAAAAGAUAAAUUUCCUGGCA